GCAGACUCCUCUUCCCUCCUCUGUUCCCUCCCCCCUCUCCCUGCUUCUCUAUCUUGACCGCCAGGAUGUCGCCGCCCAAGCGAUCCGCCCGUUUUGUUCUUUCAAUCGCCCUCUUCGCUCUGCUGGCGUCUCUUCUCCCGGCGCUGGCCUCUUCGAAGGUCUACUUCCGCGAGACUUUCUCCACCCCGGAGUCCCUCGGCCGCUUUGUCCAGUCCAAGGCUCGCGAUGACUAUGGCACUCUGCGCCUCUCUCCCGGGGAGAUCUUCGCCGACGCGGCCAAUGCCCAGGGCCUGCAGACCCACGGCCCUGGGACCCAGUUCAUGGCCACGGCCAAGCUGGACGAGGUUUUCUCCAACCGCGACCGGCCGCUGGUCUUCCAGUACCAGGUGAAGCACGAGAUCGGCCCGAUUUGUGGCGGGACCUACCUCAAGCUCCUGGGCCCCGACGUCGACCAGGAGACCGCCAGCUCGGACACCGACUUCCACCUGAUGUUUGGCCCGGAUGUCUGCACCAAUGUCAAUCGCAUCCAAGCCCUCAUCAAGUACCGCGGGAAGAACCACUCCCUGCGCGUUGUCAUCCCCCCGAUGAACGACGGCCUCAGCCACACGUACACCUUCAUCAUCCGGCCCAACCUCACCUAUCAGAUCCUGGUGGACCACCAGAUUGCCGGGUCCGGCUCGCUGGCGGCGCACUUUGACCUGAUGCCGCCGUCGCGCAUCCCCGACCCCUCGGUCCGCCGGCCGGAUGACUGGGAUUCGGUGGCCUUCAUCCCGGACCCGAAUUCCCGCAAGCCGGCCGAUUGGGACGACGAGCCGGAGUUCAUCCCCGACCCGGAUGCCGUGAAGCCCUUCGACUGGGUGGACGAGCAUGAUGGCGAUUGGGACCCGCCGAUGACCCUGAACCACAACUACCGCGGCGAGUGGGUGCCGGAGACCAUGCCCAACCCGAAUUACAGCGGUGUCUGGGUGCAUCCGAUGAUUCCCAACCCGGAGUAUGUUCACGACCCGGAUGCCUAUGUCCUGCCGGACAUCGGCCACAUCGGGCUGGACGUCAUGCAGACCCGGCCGGGGGCCGUCUUCGAUAACAUCAUGCUGACCGACGAUCUGGACGAGGCCCGGGCCUUCUUCGAGGAGACCGCCGGCGAGGAGCGUCUGCAGGCCGAGCGCGAGGUCCGCGAUGUGCGGGACUCGGCCGCCGCCGAGCGUGCCCGCCUCGAGCUCGAGGAGAUCCUCCGUACCGAGAAGGCCUUCGACCAGGCGGUCUAUGGCAGCCAGGAGAUCGACGUGCACUCGACGCAGCUGGACUCCUGGCGCGAUCUGCUGUCCAUGAAUGACCGUGCUUCGCGCAGUGCCCGCAUGGUGGCCGAGAUCGCCCUCCAGUCGAUCAACGUCGCGCAGACCCUGCGCCAGCGCGAGUUCACCCAGGGCGGCGGUGUGGUCAUUGCCGAUGAGGCCUCCGAGGCUGCCAUCGCCACGCGCAAUGCCAUCCAGGCGGUUGGUCGUGCCCGCCACGCGUAUGCCUCCUGGCUGUCGCGCAACGCCAAGGCCAAGGCCCAGAUGGAGGAGCGUGCCAAGGCCAUGGAGGAGGCUGCCAAGGCCGAGGAGGCGGCGAAGGCGGCUGCCAAGGCCGAGAAGGCCGAUGCCGGACGCGAUGAGCUCUGAGAGGCCAUCCUUCCCCGGCCAUGCCCUUGCCCCCUCCCCUCUUUCUUCCCCCUCCUCUCCCCUCAGAUAAGCAUGCUGUGUGCGGGUGUGCGGGUGCGCGUGUGUGUCUAUGUACGUGCGCGGCACCUCCUCUCACGCAUGAGUGUAUUAUAAACCCGCCCUCCUAGACUUGGGGGGUUUGCGCGUGGCUCCCUCCACUCCUCCUCCUCCUCCUCUUCUUC